UUAAAAUGUCGAAAAAGAGUCUUAAAAAUGGAGGUACCCAUCCUCCUGCCAAGAGUAAUGAGCCCCAGGGUGUAUUCAAGCUAAACAAAGGUAUCAUCCUCACUUGUAGAAAGAUCUAUGACAAUUCUGCAGAGGAAGAAAAGUUAAUGAAUAUUGAAAACUACAUGCAUUUCGCUACUUUGAUUCACAAGAUCAAUCUUUUCUUGCUUGAAUACAAGAAUAUCUCAGCUGUCAAGAACAUCUUAGAUAUUGUCUACUCUGAAGAACUGUUAACGAGAAUAGUUGAUUUUGUAACAAACACUGAGUACUUUUGUAACUUUGGGCUCAGACUUUUGGAACAUUUCUGUAUUCUACCAAAAGCCAGGGAAUAUCUCGAAAACAGUGAGGUUAUAUAUGUAAUCUUUGGACUACUCAGAACUAAUGAUAAUGAAACUAUUGUCAGCGCUAUUUCUUUCCUCUCUAUCCUCUUGAACCCUUCAAAUGUGAGCAAAAUAUUGAGUAAAGCAAGAAUUUUACCUAUUUUGAUAAAAUUAUUAAAGACAAAGGAAAUAGAAUACUUUUGCGGAGAUAUUCUCGAUACUAUUCUUGCUGCUAAGGAUGCUAAACUUCAUAGAAGAACAUUGCUGAAGGAAGGAGUCAUUGAAAUCCUUCAGUCCAUCGAAGAAUAUGAGGACUUCAUUAUGCUUCCCAGAAUUGUAAAGAAAUGUAACAGGAUUAGAAGAGAGCUAGAAAUCUUGAAACAAGUUAUUGAAAGCAAAGAGUAA